GGCGUCAUCAACUGCACGCGCUAUCCUGACCUCGCGGCAGCACGAGAGCGUUCGCGUUCUAUCCUCGACCCGCUAACAUGGAGCGGAGGCUGAACGACCCACCUCAACCUGGCGACACUCCGACAGGGCAUGAACCAUACGAUGGGACUAAGGAUGACGGCAGCCCAAAGAAGCUGAAACAGAAGACUAGACAACGGAAAGACAAAAAGAAGAGCAGGAAGAAGACCCAACUUGCCACUGAACCAGCCGUUAUGGUAACGGACGCCAGGACACCUUCUAUUAUCUGCCAGCAAUGGCCAUCCGUAACUUUUACCGAUAUGCGAGCAGAAGAAACGCCGAACGCACCGUCGCUUGCCCUGAGCGAAAACUUGUCUUCACUCCUCUUCAACGGCACGUCCGUGGAGCCGGGCAGCGUAGUCACCCCACGGCAACCUCCUGUACUCGCGCACUCCGCAGGACACGUCAAAGAAGACCGAAGAAACUUAUCUCCAGCAGCCGGCAAGCUUUCUCCCGAUAGAGCAUCUCCAGCAGCACACAAGCUUACAGCCGCAGAGGCCGACGAGACUUCGAAGUCAGCAGAUGCUGAUGAAGCACCGACGGGGAAGCCAUUAAGACCAGCUUUGCGAACACCAAAGCACGAACGUCUCGCAUCAAAGUCCAUCGUAACUGACAUUAGUUCUGGUUAUCUGAUCGAGGGCGACGUUGAUUUAAUUCGCUCGUUGGUUACCUCCGAAGCCACCGAAGACACCAGUCACUCGGGUGGGCCCUCAUGCAUAGAGACCGAGCUGGUGCCGAGCGAAUACGCAUAUCGCAAUAACUUUCACUGGAUCUUCUAUACACUACUUCACUGCGUGGCGGCAGCCAUAGUAAGUCUCUUGACGAGGCGUCUGAAGCUCGUACCGAAGGGGAAGAUCACCUUCUACAUCUCCUUAAGCCUCCUCGUAAAUUCCAUGCCCGGUGCCUUUGGGGUGAAACGACCUUUCGGGCCAAUGAAUCUACAGCCUCUAAUUUUUCUCCGCUCGUUUUUCGCCGUUUCUGCCUCUAUCUUCAGGGCCAUGGCCCUGGUCUUCCUGCAAAUCUCCGACGUCGUUGCCAUCGGUACCUUAAUUCCGAUGGGAGUUUCCGUAGCAUCUGCGAUAGUUCUCCGGGAAAAGAUCUACAAGCUUCAGUGGAUCGCGAUGAUCUUGAAUGUCUUGGGUGUCGUCUUCAUAAUUCAACCGGCGUCCCUGUACGGUGGACAAGGGUACGAACUGAAUCACCUGACAGGCGUCCUGAUGGCCCUCGGAAGCGUCUUGUCGAUUGUCCAGUUGCUUGUGGUGGUGAGGUACAUGAGGAACAUGACAGCGCUCAGGUUGAGCUUCAACUGCAGUUGUAGCCGUGUCGCUUUGUCACUGGCGGUAACCAUGCUGACUGGAGGCUACCGGGACCUCUUCGUCGGACGCUUCAUGGGGUCUCUGGUGAUGUUGAGCGACGUCAAUUUCGCGUCGCUGGUGUUACUGGGUCGGGCCUUGUCACAGGAGACUGCGGCGGCGGUGACGACUCUAAAGCAAUGCAUCGACAUUGUGCUGUCGAUUUUGGUGGAGAUUAUUUUUCUAAACGAGUACCCGAACGAGUGGGGCCUUGCCGGUUCGACCGUGAUCUUAUUCUCUAGUUUCCUGGUGGGCUACGAUAAGAUAAUGCGUUCUUACAAGUGGAACGUUCUGGCUGGCAUUAGAAAGGCGGAUGGAAGGACAACCCGCACGGAGCAUUGAACUUCCUUUUUGAAGUACUGUAUACGUACGGUGAAAUAUGACACGCAAAAUAGUAUAUCAUUUGUGUUCGAUGUA